AUGCUGAUUAUCCACCCUGACAGAGCCGGAGUCUCGGGCUUGACCACAGCCUACCUCCUCUCCAAGGACCCCUCCAAUUGUAUCACGGUGGUUGCGAAACAUAUGCCCGGCGACUAUGACAUCGAGUAUUGUUCGCCGUGGGCUGGUGCCAACUACUGUCCGACUGGCAAGCCCGGUACCCUCCACGCCAAAUGGGAGCGAAACACCUGGCCUGCCCUAAAAGAGCUCGUAGAAAACCACCCCGAGGCGGGGAUCCAUUUCCAAGCCCCAGAAAACAUACUGUACAACCGCAAGAAAGAACAAAGCCCCACGGCCGGCCAGUUCUCCGAGCUCGUGCAGAGAGACCCCUGGUAUAAAGACAUCGUUCCAGACUUCCGCAACAUCCCCGACGACCAGCUCGACCCGACCAUCGACAACGCCUGCAGGUUCACCUCUGUGUGCAUCAACACGCCUGUCUACCUGUCCUGGCUGGUCGGGCAAUGCCGCAAGACUGGCGCCGUCUUCAAGCGUGGCGUGCUCCAGCACGUGAAAGACGCCGCCGCCGCCCACCACACCGGGCAGCCUGCCGACGUCGUCAUCAACUGCACAGGGCUCUCAUCGAAGAAGCUCGGCGGCGUCCGCGAUGACAAGCUGUACCCGGGCCGCGGACAGGUCGUGGUCGUGCGCAACGACCCAGGCGUCAUGCUGGCCACCUCCGGCACGGACGAUGGCGAGGAUGAGCUCGUCUACAUGAUGACGCGCGCCGCUGGCGGCGGCACCGUCAUCGGCGGCUGCUACCAGAAGAACCAGUGGGAUCCGCUGCCGGACCCCAACCUUGCGGUGCGCAUCAUGAAGCGCGCAAUUGCGCUUUGUCCGCAGCUUGUGGGUGAAGGCCAGGGCAUCGAGGGCCUGGACAUUAUUCGCCAUGGCGUGGGACUGCGUCCGCUCCGGGAGGGUGGUGUCCGUCUUGAGGCGGAGAAGAUUGACGGCGUCAAUGUUGUGCAUAACUACGGCCAUGGGGGGUUUGGAUACCAGGCUUCGUUUGGGUGCGCGCAGGAUGUGGUUGCGUUGGUGAAUGAUGUGUUGAAACGGAAGACGCUGGCGAAGCUGUAG